AUGUCAUCUGUACCUAUAUUAACAAUACCAGAAACAUCAUAUGAUCCAUCUAUAUACUCAUUAAAAACCAAAAGGGGAAAAUCCCAACUAUUAAUCUAUUUAAUUAAACUCACCCAUGGAUCAGGAAUAACAUUAAUCAUCGCCUACGUACUUGGCCUAUUCGUACUUAAACCAUUAUUAGAAACUAAUGCUACACGAAGAUUAGAAGUUCUUGAAUUGGUGAGAGGAAAAGUCCGUGAUUUAUACCUAAAUCUUAUUGGAAGAGUUAGUUAUAUUCCCAUAGUUGGGAUCAAACGUCCAGGUAGUAACAAAUUAUAUGCUGAUGCCGUUGUUCAAACAGAUGAUUCAUUGCUUGAUAGAAUGAGAAUCAUCGACAAAAAUGACCCAUCAAAAGAUGAUGAAGAUAAAUUGGGACAAGGUAGAUUAUAUAACAAAUUAAAACAAUUAUCAACCAGAUUAACGAAUGAUUGUAGGGGAUAUGAUUCAAUGGAAAUGCAUAGUUAUAAAAGUGUGAAUUAUGCCAUUCGAGAUCUUCAAAGUAAAGCAGAUAUGAUUUAUUUUAAUUCAAAUGAUUUAUUUGUCCCUGAUACGGCAAUGUUAGCAUUUGAUAAUAAAUUACCAAAGAGGAAUCUUGCGGUUGAGGCUAGAAAUGAAAUUAGAAGUAUUAAGGGGUUGUAUAUGAGUGGACAGGCGUAG